UUAAUAAUUACUAAACUGGCAACGUUGCAUUACAUUUCAAUUUUGUAAACAUUUGCCCGUUGUUCCUGUAGCACUAGCAGUGAGCACAAAACCAGAAUGUAACAGAACGUAAACAAAGGGGACUGAAAGCACGUGAUGGUUUCCAGAACUUCUGCUCUGCUUAUAUAACAAACUUAGCUUAGUGGCUCUAUUGGCUAAACUCAUUUGCUCAAACGUUACCAAAAUUGAUCAUGGAUUAAAUAGCUAGAAUGAUAAUUAAAUGUGUGAUAACUGUUGCUAUAUUCUUUAUAGUAAUUGCUAUAUAUUUCCCUGCCCGCCACGCGAGGCGUUACGACUAUAUAAGAUUGGAAAACGUUUCACGAGAAUUAGUUCUUAAAGUGAGGCAAGGAAGCGAAGAAAAUCUUCCAAAAUGUGCUUAUGACGAUGUGAUUUUGAAUAAUCAGCAUAUUGAAGUUAGCAAAAUAAAUUAUUUUAAAACAUUUAUCAAGCCAAAAGCAGGGGGUGAAUAUGUUCCUAAAAAUUGUUCUGCAUUGAUUAAAACAGCCCUUAUUGUCCCCUAUCGGAAUAGAACUGAACAGUUGACUCUAUUUGUUAACUAUAUGCAUACUUUUCUGCAAAAUCAGAACAUACAUUAUCGUAUUUUUGUGGCUGAGCAAAAGGAUAUGCUACCAUUUAAUCGGGGUAAAAUGAUGAAUUAUGGAGCCAAACUAGCAAUGGAACUCGAAUAUGAUUGUCUAAUUUUGCAUGAUGUUGAUCUCAUUCCUUUGACCACUGGAAAUCUAUAUGGUUGCUUUAAUAAACCGAGGCACAUGUCUUGUAAUCUGGAUAGCUUCAGGUAUAAUCUGCCCUAUUUAACUCUCUUUGGAGGUGCCACUGCAAUAGUGUCAGACCAAUUUAAGAAGAUUAAUGGAAUGUCCAAUAAAUUUUUUGGGUGGGGAGGAGAAGAUGAUGAAUUUUAUAGCCGUUUACAAUCUGCUAAUUUAGUGCCGUACAGAUUUUCACCAGAAAUCAGUAAAUAUAGUAUGCAGGUCCAUAAACGGGCAUUACCCAGCAAAGAUAGAUAUGAAAAAUUAGAAAAUUCUGCUGAUUACAGAAACAAAGACGGACUUAACUCAUUGACGGGCCAAUACUCUGUAGUCCUUGAAAAGUUGUUUACAAGAAUUCUCAUUUAUUGAAAGACAGCACCACAGUGUGAAAAUACUUUUUUGAUUAUUAGUGUUCUUUAACAGAUAUAUAGAGACAUCACUACUGCAGUUAUUAGAUUUUGUAUGUGAAUAUUAUUGAUUGAAUCAAUCAGGUGGUACAUUUACCAUUUAUCUUUAAAUUGAACUGGUUCUAGUCUGCCUGUCUCGCUUUUACUGUAGGUCAAACUGAUUAAUUACAAAACUGAGUCUAGUUUACACUUAAAAUUUAAUAACUGUGCAUAAAAUUAAUUUAUAACUGACUAAACAAAACAUAUUCCUAGAAUUAUUUGAUCAUGUUUAUUGUGUAAGACAGCAUAGGUACUUAUUUAUAUUAAUUGGUAAAAUUGUGGUAGAAAUUAUUUAUUUUGUGUAAUCCAGUAUUAUUUAUUUUUUUAUUUAACUGAAGUCGAUUGAUUUUUUUCUGGUGGCUGCAACAGGUUUGUGAUAUUUUUUUUAUUUGUUAAGUAUAAUAAAUGG